CCGGGGCGGGACGCCGCCUGGGGACUGGACGCAGAGCAGGGCCAGCCGCUGCAAGCCCCACCAGGUGGGUGACAGCCGCUGAGGGCUCUGAGCGUCCCUGCAGGCUGUGGCCAGCUGCCCGCCCAUCUCCUGCACCAUGUCGGACGGCGAGGGCCCCUCUGCCGAUGACAGCGCUUCUGCGGCCAGUAGCAUGGAGGUGACAGACCGCAUCGCCUCCCUGGAGCAGCGGGUCCAGAUGCAGGAAGAUGACAUCCAGCUGCUCAAGUCGGCUUUGGCCGACGUGGUUCGGCGGCUGAACAUCACCGAGGAGCAGCAGGCCGUGCUCAACAGGAAAGGCCCUACCAAAGCAAGACCACUGGUGCAGACCUUGCCUUUACGAACCACGGUCAACAACGGCACUGUGCUACCAAAGAAACCCAGCGGCUCCCUGCCAUCCCCCUCAGGGGCCAGGAAGGAAACCUCUGUACCUGCCACAACCAAAAGCACCAUCAAGAGGACCAGCUCUUCUGAACGGGUGUCUCCUGGCGGGCGACGGGAGAGCUAUGGCGAUUCCAAAGGGAACCGGAAUCGCACGGGAUCCACUAGCAGUUCUUCUAGUGGCAAGAAGAACAGUGAAAGCAAACCCAAGGAGCCCGUCUUCAGCGCAGCACUUCUGUCUCUGUCUCCGAAGUCGCAAGGGAAACGGCGGGUGACACACUGCAAAGAAGAAGGAUAUGUAAAAAUGUUUCUCCGCGGACGCCCUGUUACCAUGUACAUGCCCAAAGAUCAAGUGGACUCAUACAAUUUGGAAGCAAAAGUAGAACUGCCAACCAAGAGACUUAAGCUGGAAUGGGUCUAUGGGUACAGGGGCCGAGACUGUCGCAAUAACCUGUACUUGCUUCCGACGGGCGAGACCCUCUAUUUCAUCGCGUCCGUGGUCGUGCUGUACAACGUGGAGGAGCAGCUGCAGAGGCAUUACGCCGGCCACAAUGACGACGUGAAGUGCCUUGCAGUUCAUCCUGAUAGGAUCACAAUAGCCACGGGACAAGUUGCAGGCACAUCUAAGGAUGGAAAACAGCUGCCCCCACAUGUGCGCAUCUGGGACUCCGUGACUCUGAACACGCUGCACGUCAUUGGCAUCGGGUUUUUUGACCGGGCCGUCACCUGUAUCGCAUUCUCCAAAUCUAACGGAGGAAGCAGCCUCUGCGCCGUGGACGACUCCAACGACCACGUGCUGUCUGUGUGGGACUGGCAGAAGGAGGAGAGGCUGGCAGACGCCAAGUGUUCUAACGAAGCUGUGUUUGCCGCGGAUUUCCACCCCACGGACACCAAUAUAAUCGUUACCUGCGGAAAAUCACACCUCUACUUUUGGACACUAGAAGGAAGCUCCCUGAUUAAGAAGCAAGGGUUAUUUGAGAAGCAGGAAAAGCCGAAGUUUGUCCUCUGUGUGACUUUUUCUGAAAAUGGUGACGCCAUCACCGGAGAUUCAAGUGGCAACAUCCUGGUCUGGGGAAAAGGUACGAACCGAAUAAGCUAUGCAGUUCAAGGGGCCCACGAGGGUGGUAUUUUUGCACUUUGUAUGUUAAGGGACGGCACGCUGGUGUCGGGAGGCGGGAAGGACCGCAAACUCAUUUCUUGGAAUGGAAACUACCAGAAACUCCAUAAAACCGAGAUUCCAGAGCAGUUUGGCCCCAUCCGGACAGUGGCCGAGGGCAAAGGUGAUGUGAUCUUGAUAGGCACGACCCGAAACUUUGUUCUGCAGGGCACGCUGUCAGGCGACUUCACACCCAUCACGCAGGGUCACACUGAUGAGCUCUGGGGACUGGCCAUCCAUGCCUCAAAACCUCAGUUCCUGACCUGUGGGCACGACAGGCAUGCCACCCUCUGGGACGCUGUUGGUCACCGGCCCGUCUGGGACAAAAUAAUAGAGGAUCCUGCUCAGUCUUCUGGUUUUCAUCCUUCAGGGUCUGUGGUUGCAGUUGGAACACUGACUGGGAGGUGGUUUGUGUUUGACACGGAGACGAAAGACUUGGUCACCGUCCACACGGAUGGAAAUGAACAGCUGUCUGUGAUGCGUUACUCACCAGAUGGGAAUUUCUUAGCGAUAGGCUCCCACGACAACUGCAUCUACAUAUACGGAGUCAGUGACAGCGGGCGGAAGUACACGCGGGUGGGCAAGUGCUCGGGUCAUUCCAGCUUCAUCACUCACCUGGACUGGUCUGUAAACUCACAGUUCCUUGUGUCGAAUUCCGGAGACUAUGAAAUCCUUUACUGGGUUCCCUCUGCUUGUAAGCAAGUCGUAAGCGUGGAAACGACGCGAGACAUCGAGUGGGCCACGUGUACGUGCACCUUGGGCUUCCACGUCUUCGGCGUGUGGCCUGAAGGCUCCGACGGAACUGACAUCAAUGCUGCCUCUCGGGCCCACGAGAAAAAACUCCUGUCCACCGGGGACGACUUCGGCAAAGUGCAUCUCUUCUCCUACCCCUGCUCGCAGUUCAGGGCUCCCAGCCACGUGUACAGCGGCCACAGCAGUCACGUCACCAACGUCGAUUUCCUCUGUGACGACAGCCACCUCAUCUCCACCGGCGGCAAAGACACAAGCAUCAUGCAGUGGCGGGUCAUUUAGCCCCAGCGAGAAGCGGGGGCGCCGACGGGCCGGGAGGCACAGGCUCGCGUCACGCUCGGUCACUGUGAUUUCUGCUUUGUUCGAAACGUCCUCACAAACCUCAGGAAAACCACGCCCUUUACCGGUCACCUUAGCGCAGGGAUCUGUGCGCGUCCCAGCGGGUCCGCCGUGCCGAUCGCUCUUCUGUUGUACAAUAUAGAACACGCUUAAUAUAAAGGAAGAUGCCCGGGUUUACAUUGUGGUGACACUGAGAGGUGACUGGUGCAGCCUCGUUAGCUUCUCUAGGGACUCUUCAAAAACGGUCACAGAAUGCCUUUUACCAGCUUGUACAUAGGCUUGACUGUUUCACCACGGAGCUUGCGCAGUCGGUUAUUUAUGCUCACGGGGUGCUGAGGCGUGAUCGCUGUUGGUUGAUUGGUCCUGAAAGGAUACGUGGAUGCAGACGAGAGCGGAUAACUGAUGUGCACAGAUGAAUCAGGACAUGCAAAGGAGAUUUUGGUUGGUGACAUUCUCUAAGGUUUCGUUCACUUCUCCCUCUGGGAGGCUGGGGGCGGGGGGGCUGGGGGGGGGGGGAUCGGUUUCUUCUCCAGAGUGACUGAAUGAUCGCAGCAGGGUACACAGGCCUUUCAGAGUUCCAGCUCCACCGGCUGCCUAACCAAAUGCAUUUAGCUUAAGGCCCGCACGAAUCUCGUCCCCCCACCCCCACCCACCCCCGCCCCUGUUCCCCACCCCUGGGCCCUGAUGAAUGGUGGUGGAGAUGUCGAGCCACUUAGCUGUGUAUAUUAACUGGCAUGAUUUAAGGUAUUGUACUUGUAUAGGAUCUUAGCAGUUCAUCCGAAAUACGUAAGGCUAGGCUUUACUGCCUUAUGCUUACGGACAUUGUAUAUUUGUAUUUUAAGACCAAGUAGACCAAGUCAAAAGAUCUCUCUGCGACCGGGAGACGUCCGAGAGGUUCCAGGAGUGCUAAGGGCGGCCUCCGUUCCUGUCCUGUGUGCAGACAGCUGGGUUACACGGUGAAGGAAGACUGCCUAAAACCUGAGCAAAACAUAGGUGACAUACAUUGUCAAGAAGGCCUUAUCCCUUUCAAUUGCGUGACAGAUUGAAAUGUAUUGUUUACAUUGGGGAAUGUAUCUCAGAUUUUUAAACAGAAGAGUAAUAAACAGACUGAAAGAGGAAUAUUGAGAUUUUUUUUUUUUUUUAACUUGUUCUAGGCAAGUAAAUGAAUUGAACUGUCUGAACUCUACAGCACUGGUUGUUUAGAGUGGCUAAUGAAACCGAAAUUUUGGAAGCAUUUUUUUAUUACAUCUCCAGCCUGUUGCAGAUGUGCCAGGCACCAGUAAACAAUGUGUAUGAAAGAUAAUUCUGUUUGUAUGUAUCCUUAUCAAAUAUAUUCUAUAAUGAAAUAAAAUCCGAAAAGUGGAUUCAGA